AUGAUUUUUGCAGGUGAUUUUGCUCAACUUCCACCUGUAGGUGGUGAAUCUGUAUCCUUGUAUUCUUAUAGAAAGCCAACUGAUGCAAAUAAAUACAAUGGUCAAUGUGCUGCAAUGGGAAAAUCUCUUUGGCAUAAUGUAACUCAUGUUGUGAUUUUACGGACAAAUAUGAGAAACACUGGAUCAUCAAAGAUGGAUAUCAGUUUUCGAUUGGCUUUAGAUAAUAUGCGGUACAAGUCUUGUACUAAAGAGGAUAUACUCUUUCUCAAUACACUAGUAUCCUCUAAAUUGCCAGAUAGGCCAUUUGUAGGUAAAAGCCCUUGGCGUGAUGCAGCCAUUAUUGUAGGUGAGAAUAAAUAUAAGGAUGAAAUAAACAGGCUAGGAUGCUUACGCUUUGCAGCAGAUACAAAACAGAAGUUAACUAAUUUCUAUAGUGAUGACCUUGUUUCUGGCAAUGCAGAUCAAGGUGCUCCUGCUAAAUCUAAAAAUAAAAAACGGUCUAUGUCCUCUAUAUCCAAAGACCUUCAACAACACCUUUGGGAACUACCAACUUGUGCUCAUGAAUACCAUGCACCACCUGUCCUCUCUUUAUGCAUAGGGUUGCCCAUUAUUAUUCGCCAUAAUAUUGCAACUGAGCUUUCGAUUACAAAGGGUCAGAGAGGUACUGUAUAUGCAUGGCAUGAAAGCACUGGGGCUUUUGGUCAAUGUACACUAGAUGUUUUGUUUGUUCUCUUAGAUGACCCUCCAACACCAAUUCAAGUCCCAGACUUGCCUCCAAAUGUGGUUCCCUUAACUAGGCGUAAAACCAAAGGUAUUGUAACAUUGAAAAAUGAUGUCAAGAUAUCUGUAACUAGAUUCCAGGUUGAUGUCCUGCCCGGUUUUUCUAUGACAGCAUAUGCUUCUCAAGGACAAGGAUUAAUUCCCAAUGCAACUGAUCUAAAUACCUUGUCAGAUCACCAUGCAAUGUAUACUGCUUUGUCUAGAAGUAGAUCUGCUGCUUCAACUGUUAUUCUUCAAGGCUUUGACUCAAGGGCAAUUACUGGUGGGGCAAGGGGUCCCCUACGUAAAGAAUAUCGUGAGUUGGAAAUUUUGGAUGAAAUUACCCAUCUCAAAUAUGAGGGUACAUUGGACCCCUCAGUUGUAGGGGUUACCAGGAAUUUGCUGAUUGAAAGUUUUCUGGUUUGGAAA